GGUCCCUCUGUCUUCAUAAGUCUCCAUACGUCGGAGAAAACGACAUUGAUGGACAUCAAAUAUAGUGAAAGAUUUUAAAAAAAGAACAAUAAAAUUAUGGAUUGACGGAAAGGAUAUGACGACCUGUUAUUUUUGUGCAAAUCGUCGACGCGUUGUAUGCAAGGAUCAGGAAAAAAAAUUACAUGUGUAGUGUAGUGUCGUUCGACGAUUGACAGUUGGUGGCAAGUUGGGCGUGUUUUGUCUAUCUCUCUCCGUCUCUUUCUCUUUCUCUCUCACCAUCACUCUGGCUUUUGGCUCCUUUCGCCGAUUUCGCCCAUUCGAUUCUGCGUGCCUGAGCUCCGCUGGACUUUUCUUUCUCUCACUCUCGCAUACUUCGUGCCUUCCCCCGUGAAAUCGCCCACAAUAUUCGGUUUUCGUGUACAUUUAAUUGUGUGGGGGUGUGUGUCUGUGUGUCGCGUAUUUUGUACAACCAGCUUCUUCAAUCGGUGAGAUUUUUCAGUGCAUUUUCUCCGCGUGUGUGUGUAUUCAUUCCUGGUCCAAGAGCUAAACGGGGAGACAGACAAGAUUAAGGGGGGAAAAAAAAAACAUAAGUUUCUAUAACGUUAAGGGAAAAUUGUAGGUAGAAGAUUCUUUUUCUGUUGUUAUUUGUGAUGGUGCCAAUAAUGGACAGACGUCCUCGCGACGAUUCUUCGAGAUUACGCGUAUCGUAAGGAAACGGAUAUACAUCUCAGUAACAAAAUAAGAUAAAAAAAAAACAAGAAGAAAAGGAUGCGUCGAUACACGACAGGCGCCUUUGACGCCUUGCACUUGCUGAUCUGAGUGACGAAGGAAGAAUAAAACAAUAAAAAUAAGGAAAACAGACGGAGAAAUCAAAACACUUGAUGGACAAAGGGAUUUUUCCUCCAAACCUGAUCCUCUUCCUUUAUUCCUCGUUUUAUUAAUGCAAUUCUAGUUCAUAAUUCCGACAACUCUAUUUAUCCAGAACGUGGAUUUUUCUACCAUACCCAACGUGCUUGAAAAAUAUAAAUCGCACAAAACGAAAUAUAUCACAGAGAAAUAUCUAUGAAAGAGAUAUUUAAUUUGGGCGGAAACACGAGAGGAUUUCCAAACGUCUAUUCUGGACAACAAUUAAACGGGACAACCGUAUUCUAAGCGAUAAAACGAGAAAAAAAGGAGAUCAAAAUGGGAAACUGUUUUAGCAGUCCGAGCGACAUAGAAAAGGAGAAACCAGACAGGAUAGGGAACCCUAGCAUAGAAGCUGUUGCUUCUCAAGCUAGUCCAGUUCCAACUCCUCCGCCAGAUCCUAUAAGACCCAUGCCCCAAAUACCUGAAACUGAAGUUCCCACAGCUAAAAUAUUUGUAGCUCUUUACGACUACGAUGCUCGCACCGACGAAGAUCUCAGUUUUCGUAAGGGUGAACAUCUGGAAAUUCUCAACGAUACUCAGGGCGAUUGGUGGCUAGCGAGGAGCAAGAGAACUCGUCAAGAGGGCUACAUUCCCAGUAAUUAUGUUGCCAAGCUGAAAUCCAUUGAAGCUGAACCAUGGUACUUCAGGAAGAUCAAGAGAAUCGAGGCGGAGAAAAAGCUUCUACUUCCGGAGAACGAUCACGGCGCCUUCUUGAUUCGUGACUCGGAGAGUCGACACAACGAUUAUUCUCUUUCGGUUCGUGACGGUGACACGGUGAAGCAUUACCGCAUCCGCCAAUUGGACGAGGGUGGCUUUUUCAUAGCGCGACGAACGACUUUCAGAAAUCUUCAGGACCUCGUCGAGCACUACAGCAAAGAGGCCGAUGGCUUGUGCGUCAAUUUGUGCAAGCCUUGUGUCCAGGUUGAGAAACCCGUUACCGAGGGGCUGAGCCAUCGAACGCGGGAUCAAUGGGAAAUCGACCGCUCUUCUCUCAAGUUUGUUCGAAAACUUGGGCAAGGACAAUUCGGCGAGGUGUGGGAAGGCCUCUGGAACAACACGACACCCGUCGCCAUUAAAACGCUCAAACCCGGCACCAUGGAUCCGAAAGACUUCCUCGCUGAAGCCCAGAUCAUGAAGAAACUUCGACACGGCAAACUCAUACAGCUGUACGCGGUUUGCACGAUGGAAGAACCGAUUUACAUUAUUACGGAAUUGAUGAGGAAUGGAAGUCUCCUCGAAUUCCUUCAAGGAAAGGGACGUGGAUUGAAGCUCCAACAAUUGAUCGACAUGUCAGCUCAAAUAGCCGCGGGAAUGGCUUAUCUCGAGUCGCAGAAUUACAUACAUCGAGAUUUGGCAGCUCGUAAUGUACUCGUGGCCGAGGGCAAUGUCGUGAAAAUCGCUGAUUUUGGAUUAGCGAGACUCAUCAAGGAGGACGAGUACGAAGCACGAAUAGGAGCCAGAUUCCCUAUUAAAUGGACCGCACCUGAGGCUGCCAAUUACAGUAAAUUCAGUAUUAAAUCGGACGUAUGGUCCUUCGGUAUUUUACUAACGGAACUUGUCACCUAUGGAAGAAUACCUUAUCCGGGUAUGACGAACGCGGAAGUAUUGCAUCAAGUGGAGCACGGUUAUCGAAUGCCAUGUCCACCGAGCUGUCCGACGGCAUUGUACGAGAUUAUGCUGGAGUGUUGGAACAAGGAUCCGAUGAAGAGGCCGACGUUCGAGACGUUGCAGUGGAAAUUGGAAGAUUUCUUUACCAUGGAGGGAUCGGAAUAUAAAGAGGCAUCGGCUUACUGAGUGUCGCCACGUUGAUAUUAUCGCGGAGAUCCGUUGCAAUAUUGAGGAACAACAAAACAGUGCACAAUGGCCAUGGCAACGUUGUGAAUUUGGUCGAUCGGAAAGGCGUGAUCGGGGCACAAAUUCUCAAAGCUUUUACACCCGCAUUCUACUCCGUAUCGAACGAAACGAUACGGGACGAUAUUUUAAACGAUUCUCGUCAUUGGACGAUGAAACUGGCUGACAGACUUGAUAACACUUGUGUUCAAAAAACGAAGUAUCGAAACCUCCCGAAUAUAGACCGUUAUUGGAAAUAAGGGAAAUGAGGAAGAAAAAAAUGGUGGUUAACUUCAGCCCGAGAAAAUUCGUAUUUUCUUGGCUGUUUUAACACUCAAUGAGACAGCGAUAUUCGCCCAUUCGAAUGGAUAUAAUGCAUUAUAUAUAAAUAUUAUACACAAACGAAAUUAUACAUAACGACGCGGUAUAAAUAUUCACACGAAUUGAAUUACGGGGAGGCCAACUUCAAGAGUAGGUACGUAGCGAUCUUUACCGAAAAAAAUAUACACGAAUAUACAAAGGUGGUCUUUAAUUGGAAUUCUCUCAAAUUCGGAUUUUCGUAUUUCUCAGAACAAUGCGAAAUGCAUUUAAAGAAAAGAGUCCUUAAGGGUUUUUCUCAAUAUCAAAACUCAGUCGUCGCUCGAAGGAUCGAUUUUUUCUCGUCUCAAUAGCACGUGUUUUCGAAGUGUCUGCACUUUUUUCAUUCUAAGAAGCGGCUCGCAUGAUCUCUAAAAAGAUUUAUAUUCGUUAUAAAAAUUCAUAUUUCCUAAUUCAAUAUACCGCGGAUCUUUAACGAAGAUGGAAGAACGCAGAAAAACGCUUCGAGGUCUCUUGCACCAUCACAUUUUAUCCAUACGUAAUUGUGCUGCUGUUUUUCCUGAAAUUAAACCACUACAAAUGCACCGGAAUAUUUCGAUCAGUUUUACAAACGAACCAAUCCGAAUUCACAAUUUUACUAUCCGUAUGAAAAAUUUUCUUGUAAAGUUCUUGUAAAAAGAAAUCGAAAAAAGCGUACAAACACCCCAGAAGGUGUGUGACUUGAGUUGAAAAAACCACCCUUUUGGGCACAAGCAUUGUCGAAACUGCAAAAGAUCUUUUUUCAUCGCAGACAUUUUUUUUAAUCUAACCCAACUUUUAAGGGGUCCACGAACCCGAAUUUGAAAACAUCCCAAUGAAGAACCGCCCCGAUGUAUACCUAUAUAUAUAUACAUAUUAUAUAUAUACACACACAUAGAUUAUAGUAUCGAUUAUUUUUCUAACGUCAUCAGUAUAUCUUCUUGGUUCUUCGUUAACACAUUCUGGCUGCCAUACACAUAGAGUAUGUAUAAUGAGAAAGAGGGAUAAUAUUUGCGAGUGCGUUUAUCGCAAUCUAAUUGAGAAAGUUUUCCCAUAGAAUUGGCCAUUACUCGUUCGAUCUCGUGGGUCUCUCAUAACGGAAAAAACAAAAGAUCGAUGAUAACGAAUGAGGUCUUAUCGGUGUACCGUAAUCGUUUCGCAUGUAUAGUCAACCGGUGUGUAGAAUUUGUCAGAGGUUUGGAUACUGUUAAUGUCGGUGAAAUGAUGAUUCACGAGAGACAUAAGUUGCACAACGGAUCCGUCCAAACUGAUUAAGAUGAGACGAGCACGAUGACACGGUUAGAAAAUACUCCGGACUCGAUUUUACCGAAAAAUCGUACGCGCUGAUCGUUCGAGUAUUUUCGCUUCGUUUUCGCUGGUAUAGCGCGAAUAUCGUACGGUUUACGAACACAGAUAUUGUCAAUUCCAAGUCGAUGAAAAUAUUUAUAUUUAUAUAUUAGGAUGUGUCAUUUCAAAGCAACCGCUUUUUUAUUACAAGGUGCUCAUCCUUAACAUCCUCGAUGAAUGCAUGAACGAAUCCUCGUGGGAAGGAACCGGUGUCAAACUAUUUCCGCAAUUCCAUGACCUAAUGAAAAAGUUUUUUUAUUCGAUUAAGAAUUAAUGGGGAAAAUCGAAUGGAAUCGAUCAAUUAUUAUUUUCAAUAUUUAUAAUGCGAAUAAGUGGGCAAAGUUCAAUUUUCCAGCCACGAGGAUUUGAGAACGUUUGACAGCAGUCCAAUCUUCCGAGAAUUUGUUUACGUAUCAAUCGAGCACUGUUGACAUCUCGAAUUAAGGAAUGUUGCACUGAAUUUACACACCGUAAUAUAUAUACUGCAUUAAAUUGUCUUUCGAAGAUCGACCGUUUUUGUACGACGCUUUGUCAUUACACGUAAUUAGUGCAGAAAGACGAAAGGAACGAAACAAUAGAGAGCCAGAGAUUAUUUUAAAACAUGUGAAAACGAUAUAUGUGAAUAAGCUUCUCGCCCAGCAAUUUUGUACAAUAAGCUUUUAUCGAAUUUCAAGCUUCGUCAAUGUUUUCGUUCCCCUUCGAAUGCUGCUUCAUAUAUUUUUUCUCCCUCCCCUUUUUUUACGAGUUUUAUUCAUUUAUAUGUCUCUUAGAAUAAAUGCACCUGACGAGCCAACGUUUACUCGUGCUCGUGGUAAACAAAUUUGCCUCGUUUUUAUUUUGUUUUUUUUUUUUCGAUUAUAUAUACGAGGGAUUAUAACCUAGAAACGCGGCGGCAGCAUCUCUGAUAUAAAUAGCGAACGUAUUCGGGGGAGAUGGUAUAGCCGAAAUUGCGAAAAUUCGUGACGAAUAAUGUUACUGGGUUGCAUCGUGCUUCCUGGUGAUAUUAAAAUUCUGCAAACAUCCAGUACGUUAAUUUGUCUUGGAAAAAAAAUGCCCUUGAUGGCCGAAUCGAAUAAUUGCAAUAUUGUAUAGGUUGUUCGAAUGAAACAGUCGAACGACGUCACAUCGAAAAUAUCGUUCGACAUAAAAAUGUGGAACAUUUCACGUUGACGAAUUUUCGAAUUUAAUGCAGUUCGUAACUUUCGAUAUGGCAUGAUAUGACGCUCGACAUGAACCCUCUCCAGUGUGUACGUUAGCGAAUCGUGGGCAAAUGACGAAUUGUCACGGCGCUGAAGUUUGCAACGUUUGAGUCCAACGAGAUGAUCUAAAAAAAGCCUCCAAUAAUUCCAGUAAUUCUUCAAUUCUGUCGAAUUUUCAAUUCGUAGCUUUUCAACCUGCACCGAUACUUCGUGAAAUAAAAAAUUGAAUUACAAAUGUUUUUUUCGUUCGUUUCGUUGGACUGAAACGGUGCAAACUUCAGAGUCGUAAAUUUUCAACAACGAACCAACCUACCAUACUUUUAUCGUGUCUACGGAGCGGUUGUGAAAAAUUGUAGAAACUUUAUUCCCAAAAGAAACACUGUUGAAUUGUCGUGAAAUGUCCCAUGUGUAAUGCGUGAAUGAAUUUGUGGCUGCAAUUUUAUCGAGUUGCUCGUAUAAUUAUCGAAGAAGGGAGGAAAAAUUGCAAAAGUGUACAAUAAAAGUAGUACUUGUGUAUUUUCGAGCCCCCCGAUGAGAUAAUUUCGUUUGUAUUACUCGUUCGAGAUAUAAAUACUGAUAGUGAUAUUAUAGUGCGCUGUUAGAUGUUGGUAGGGAAAACGUAAAAGAAUCGUGAACGCGAAUUGACACAGAUACAUGCACGCAAACGGACACGAAACAAAAAUUGCGAUUGUAUGUUUUUCUUUUCUUUUAUUUUUUUUUAUUAUUCUUAUUAUGCAAACAUAUCGAAAAGUAUUACGAAAUGUGAGUGCGUUGUCGUUGCUAUUACUAUUAUCCUUAAAUCCUCUGUUCCAUAGACAUUACUAUAAUUACGCAUUUUAUUGCGAGACAUCUUCCUGCCUGUCGUGAAGCAAAUCCAUUGUAUAAAGGGUGUCCGAAUAUUCACGGCGGCUGAAUCAUCGCGGAAGAUAAUUUACGGAAUUCCAAAAUAUAAAACCUCCUCCAUUUAUUUUUCUACGUUGCAUUAUUGCUUAUUGAAUAUUGAACGAUUGGCGAGGGUCAAUCGAACGCGUUUUAUUGGCCAUCACUGAACGAUACGAGUGUUAAUUUUGAGGUUAUAAAUUCCAAUGUUCGCUUAUGAGACGACAUUAAGACACCCUGCAUACUCGACACGCUCACAUUUACAAUUUUAUAUAUCACACACUACGGCGUGUGCGUAUAUGUAAAAUUAAUUCGAAAUGAUUACUAAAAGAUACAAGGCGAAGAAGGGACAAAGAAGGAGCCGGGGCAAAGGAGCAGAGAGCAGGACGCGACGACACCUAGGACGAAACAGAUGAGGCUCGCGAAACGACGAAUCGUUCGCGACAUCGACAAUCUUUAUAUACACGUAUAUACAUACGCAUAGAUAUUAUGGUUAUUAUAAUUAUCAUUAAUUUUCAUGAAACAUUAAUUUUCUUCUUCUUUGAUCCUUCCUUCCUUGUUCUUUUCGUCCUUUCGGCCUUCUGUACAUCUGACGCUCCUUUUGGCUGCCUAAACUUGGCUAUUGAAUAAAAAUACACGAAAAUAACUAUCAUUAUAUUGUAUUUAUAAUUGAUAGUAAUAAAAGAGAAACAUGGAAUGUGAA